CUUCUCCAAAUGUUGGACACUACUGACAGAAUUUGGAUUUAUUUAUCCACUGACACAGCCACAAGGAAUGGUGGAGAAGUUACAUGUGAUUACUAUAAACCUUCCCAACUGAGACCAAAGAAGCAUGAUACAUACGACGAAUACAAUUUCGAAUUUUUGUACGAGUAUGUUACUGGCGAGACAACAUAUCAAUUACGAUAUUCUGGAAGAGUGAAAAGAGAAAAUAGAAAGGAAGUCAUGGAACUCAAGGCUGAAGGUGGUGGAGAUAAAAAUGAAAUGAAGAGAGAGCUUGAACACUGGGAUGAUGAGCAGAAAUGCGGAAUUCUCUCUUUCACAACAGAAGCAGGGAAAAAGGAGUACGAACUCCACGUCUGGGAAGAAAGACUAAGGUAUGAAUACGAAAGAACGAGUAGUUACACAGGCUGCCAAGAAGCACUGAAGAAGUUCUGCAAUAAAAACAGACACCAGCGCUUCGGGAGAACCUGCAAGAAUAUAGGUCUCACCAAUCGCAGUGCUCCUCAUGUCUACCAAGGGCCAGUAAAUAACAAAAGAUAAAUGAUAAAAUGCAAGGCUUUCAUUAUCUUAAGGCAACUCGUUACAAAUAUGUUGUAUUGUUCUCAAAAUAAAUUCUGGCUCUUGAGU